UUUGCCUAAGGCCAGGCGAUUUUCGUCGACCCCACACUGCCGCCAAAGAUAUAGAGAUAUAUCGAGGCCACACGCGGGUUUAGUGAGUGCUGCAUCCACCACGACGAGGAGGAAGACAUCAUGGCGGACUCACAACCACCCACCACCAGCGACAUGCUAGACGGCGCGGCAAGCAAUGCGCAAGCCCCUACAGACGUUGCGAAGCAAUACAAUAUCCUCCCAAACCUCAUCCCCAACCUGGACCGGCACCUGGUCUUUCCCCUGCUCAACUUCCUCGAAGAGGAGACACCCGAAGAUGAAGACACGACCGACAUUACGCAGCUCAAAUACUCCCUUCUCCAGACAACAAAUAUGUCAGACUUCAUCGGCGACCUCUACGCCCGCCUCAACGGCCUUUCUGAGCGGCCACAAGAAUAUGCUCAGAAGCGAGAACAAGUGCUCGAGAAAUUGCACACCUUCGAGCAGGAGACUGAGACCAUCCAAAACCUCCUUGCGGAUGCGGAAGUGGUGAACAACCUGCGCAGCGACAAAGAGAGCAACAUGCGCUACCUGAAAGACACCCAUGGCGUGACACCGCAGAUGGUUGAACAACUCUACGAGUUCGGCCAGUUUCAGUACUCCUGCGGAGACUACGGUAGCGCGUCAGAGCUGCUAUACCAAUAUCGUAUCCUGUCGACGGACAACGACCGUGUCAACGCCGCCACCUGGGGCAAACUCGCUAGCGAUAUCCUAACCACGAACUGGGAGAGCGCGAUGGAGGAAGUGAAUCGACUCAAAGAGUCAAUCGAUACGCGGUUAUUCAAUAACCCGCUCGCGCAACUCGAGCACCGCACUUGGCUCAUCCAUUGGUCCCUCUUUCCCUUCUUCAACUACGAACCCGCACGCGAAGCGCUCACGGAACUUUUCUUCAGUCUCCCAUACAUCAACACGAUCCAAGUCUCCUGCCCCUGGAUUCUGCGCUAUCUGUGCGCCGCUGUAAUCACGAACCGCAGUCGGCCGGGAAACAAGACGAACUUCUUGUAUGGGAACUACCAGAAACAGCUCAAAGACCUCGUGCGAAUUGUGAGGCAGGAACAAUACGAGUACAACGACCCAGUCACGGCCUUUGUCAAAGCGCUUUACGUCGACUUUGAUUUCGCUGAGGCGCAAAAGUCGCUCUCCCAGGCAGAUGAAAUCCUACGUUCCGACUUCUUUCUCGUUGCGGCGGCAGAGUCGUUCCUAGAUGCUGCUCGACACUUGAUCUCCGAAAGUUACUGCAAAAUCCAUCAACGAAUUGACAUCAAAGAUCUCUCGACUCGGCUAGGCUUGAGCUCGGAUGAAGGCGAGAAGUGGAUCGUGAACCUCAUCCGCGACACACGGGUGGAUGCCAAGAUCGACUACCAAGCCGGCACAGUCAUCAUGAACCACCCACCCAUUAGCGUGUAUCAACAGGUGAUCGAACGGACCAAGGGCGGCUUCUUCAGGACGCAGGUUCUCAGUGCGGCGGUCGCGAAGUAGAGUAUCGAGGCUGGUAAGCGUGUUGAUCAAGAAUUUGGCCCGGGGCCAGAAGGCUCUACUGCUUCGCGCGUUGGUGGGAGUCCGGAAGAGAGGAAGGCUAGGAAGCAGGUACGAUGGGGUGACGGGUCCGUGGAGCGUGCCACAAGUACGGCAUCGGGUUAGCGAGGCUAUGGUAGUUAAGCUAAGAAGGCUGCCGCUUGGAAGGU